AUGGACGACUUACCGAACGAAUUAUUGUUGGAGAUCUUCAACUAUCUUGAUCGUGAAUCAUUGAAAGAGAUUUUAAGUGUUUCAAAGCGUUUUCGCGAGCUAAUUAUUAGUAAUUCAAGUUUAAUGCGAAGAUUACCGAUGACAUUGUCAAAGAAUUGGAUGAACAAGAUUGACUUUGCUAGGAAUUAUGGUGAAUUUGUUAAAAUAUUGAAAAUGAAUUAUUGUUCAUUCGACAGUUUUGAGGAGUUCAAGAAGUUCCUCAACUUAUUUCCGAGAGUUGAGAAGCUCAACAUUUUUUACAUUUACAUUAAGCAACAUGAGAAUGAAAGUUCAACGUCGCAAGAAUGUCAUGAAAGUGAUUCGACUUCGUUUACUAGCUUAAAGUCAGUGAAAAUCUCAUCGAAAUUUUGGGGCUACAUCACGCAACUCGAUUCGAAAAUCUUAAGACACAUCAACACGGAAGACUUGGAAGAAUUGUUCAUUAAACUUCCGAUGCAAAAGUUCUCAUCCGAAUUCAUUGACUUCCUGUGCAAACAAAGAAAAUUAAAGACGCUCGAAGUGUUCGACGAAUUUAUUGAUAGCUUUUUGUUCGAUGACUUUACCGAGAGUUUAACGUACAAUAAUUUCAUUUCGUCACUUUUUGAGAUUGAUUUGAGUGAGCUUGUGACAUUUCAAUUGAAGAGAUUCGCGAUUCAUUAUCGUGGUGAUCAUCGUGAGAAUCUCUCAAAGUUCCUCAAAGCGCAACACGAGUUGGAAGAACUUGAGAUAAGAAAGUACGAAGACAAUUUCACGAGAUUUAAGAUCACAUUUGAUUUGAUGAGAGAUUUGCGCGUUAGAAAGUUGUGCAUUCCUUUGGAGCUGAUUCCAUCGAAUUCACUCAAUGAAGUUGAUCGAUAUGUCAAUCGCAAUGUACGCGAUCUCUGUCUAACUGGUGUCAAUAAUAAUUCAAUGUUGUUUAGUUUACUUCUAAAAAUAUUUCCAAAUAUUAAAACUUUGAGGCUUGAGUACAUGUUGGAGUUUCCUUGUGAUGCUUUGACGACGUUAUCGCGUCUCGAGAAUAUUUACGUACAACAUUUCAAAAUCGAAUGCCUUCAAAAUAUUAAAAUUCCAAAGUUUCGAAAGUUAGAAAUUGGAAAUUUAUAUCCGUUUGUCUACACUGAUUGGGAAAAUGUCACGAAAAUCAAUCCAACAAUACAAGAAAUUGUCAUCAAAGAAAUUUCACACUUCAACACAAUGACAGCCAUCAAAAACAGCAUCGGAAUAUUACUCAGGGAUUUAAAACAAUUAAAGUAUCUGAAAAUCAUUCAAAAUGAUUCAUUCGAUUGCCUCAAAAUCGUCGCUGAUAUCAAACACAAACGACUUCGACUUUCGUCUUACGCCACAAAAAUGUGUAAAGAUUUAUUUGUGCAAGCGCAUCGCUAUGAUGCAAUUAAUUUUCUGUUUUAA